AUGCCCCAGCUUCGGUCCAGCAUACAGAAUCUGUUUUCACUUGGAGACCUCAAAGACGCAGACAACAACGAAGGAUCCUGGUCUCUUCGCGAGUACUUUCUUCGUCUCGCGACACAGUGCCCCACGGUUGUGUUUGAUCUGGCAACGGCCCAACGCGUUAUCAAAACUGACAAAAAGUUGCCUUGCUUUUGGGAAUUCGCGCUCGUGUUCGACCCAACAUUAAUUGUUCAACGCGCCGAGCCGUUGACGUGGAUGUGGCUAGCGGCAGCCAAAUUCUUUGCCCAUCCUUGGACUGGCCCUACAAUCAUUCCUCCCAUUGUUGAGGAAUUCGAGCGACUAGAACAAGAGUCAAAAAUAUCCAAAGCUCAGUCCAAGUCUAAGAAGUGCCCUGCAUCUACUCCAGAGAACCCAAAAGGUGCAAAGGCCCACAAUUCGCGCCCGUCUCCCUCUGUCCAGAUGCAAACGGAACUGACGCCACCACAGGGUCGGUCCAAUCCCUACCAACAAACUCCACCUUCGGAUGCCACUCCUCCUCGCCAACAAGUGGUCAUGUCUGACGCUGUUCACAUCAUUGCUGGCACCCCAACAGGAACACAGGAAGCCAGUCUUCCAGUGGUUGUGGUGGCUGCGUACUGGCCUAACCCUCUGGGGACUGGCGAGUCUACCGUGUGGGCACAACACCGGAGUUUCUUUUGCUCCCAAGGUCGACAGCGUGAACCAAGGGAGGCCUUUAUGGUGGAUCUUCUUCAAGCCAUCACCCAAUGGCGCGAUGAAGGAUGUGAAGUAAUUUUGGGGGUCAACGCCAAUGAGGACAUCAGCUCCACUAAGUCCUCUUCUUUUCGCCAACGUCUUUGCGAUGUUGGUAUGGAAGAAGCUAUCCUCCAACGACACCCCGGUCGAACGGCAGCCACUCAGCACCGGAACAAUAGGGGCAAACCGAUUGACGGCAUUUUCACAACCUCUGGGAUAGCGUCGGUUGAUCACUCCGGCAAGGACAUCUGCCAAUUGGUCCAGGCGGCUGCGUCCAUGUGGGCUGGAGGAAUUAGUGCUACGGGCGGAGCGAUCAAUCCGGAGAAGUCCUUUUGGUGCUUGAUCGACUUUGCUUGGGAUGGCGGGAAGGGACAAUGGACAUUCAGGAGGAAGAAUCAGUUGUUGCCGGACCACCGGCUUCAGAUUCCAGGCUUGUCUGGCAAGUUGGAAUCUCUUUGUUGCCUUGAGCCAGGGGAGGCAGAGAAGACAUUGGGAGUAAUGCUCGCGCCACUCGAGGACCAGAAGGCCCAUGUUACACAUCUGAAGGGUAUUGCCAAAAGGUGGGCUGAACAAGUUUGGUCUGGUCACCUUCACAAAUACGAUGUGAUCCCCUUGAUCAAGUCCACUGUUAUGAAGUCACUAGAAUAUCCAAUGACGCAAUUGACACUGGAGGCCGCAACAUGGGUGGAUAUUAUGAGCCCGGUUCUACAGGUCUGCCUGCCGAAAGCCGGCAUCUGCAGAAGUUUUCUGCGUGAUAUGGUGUUGGCUCCAUUGAAGUUCCAAGGCCUGGGCAUCCCACAUCUGUUCGGCUCACAGGUUUCCAAGCAUAUUGAAACUCUCCUCCGUCAUUCGACCAACAAGACAAAACCGGAGCCUACCUGGAAGCCGCUUUGCAAGAACAUCAGCUCAAAAUGGGCACUUUGUUCGGUAUCUUUCAGCAGGAUUAUUGCAACACUGCCGUCUUGGCUUCUGAUACAUGGAUAA